UCCUAAUACUAACUUGUUGAUCCGGUGUUUGUUUUGUUUUGAUUUUGUUUUUUGGUUAUUAAACUUUUUUGUGUUAAUGUUAAAGCUAGUUGAAAAUGUCUAGCUUUGUGAAACGCCACGGAGCCGUUACUAUCAAGGGGACCCGAGCUUCACUGCACAGUGGACAAACGAUUACUUCAUGCGGCAACCCGUCGCUUGAUCACAUCUUCGGGGGCGGAUUCCCCAUCGGAUCAGUAAUUGCAAUCGAGGAAGAUAAGUACGUGAAUUAUUCACGAGUGCUGGCCAAGUACUUUUUGGCUGAAGGACUGGCUAACGGUCACUCAACAUUAGUGGCCAGCUUGGAGGAAGAUCCAGCUGAGCUGAUGAAAAAGCUGCCCAUACCGGUAGAGGAUACAGCCUCGGAAAACACAUCUGUGGCACAAGCCCCGGAGGAUAUGCGAAUUGCUUUUCGGUACAAUCAACUGUCCGUUGUAGAUCUGGAGCAAAAACCAAGUACUCAAAUUGGUCACUUUUUCGACCUGUCCAAGCAAAUCUCGGAAAACGAGCUGGCUAAACACGACAUAACUUACUGGGACGACAGAGCUCCUGCUCAAUCGUCGAAGCUAUUUACAAACCCGCGCUAUCAAAGUCUUCUAGAUGCCAUUCACCAAAAAUCUAGUGAGCCUCAGUUCAGUCUCACCAAAUCCGAGCCGAAGGAAAAGAAGCUCCUUCGCGUUAACAUCAACUCGCUCGGCUCUCCGCUGUGGUACGAUCAAAACUUCUUCACGGAUGCCAUCAAGUUCCUAACGAUCCUAAAAUCGUUCGUCCGAAACUCACUUUGCUGCUGUCUGAUUACACUUCCGGUACACCUGUUCCAACACCUACCGGACAACCAUCUUACGACGCGCCUUCUGGAUCAAACCGACUUCUGCAUAGCACUGGAAUCUUUUGCCGGUUCGGAUAAGGAAACCAAUCCAGUCUUCAAAGAGUACCACGGACUGCUGGACAUUGUGCGUAUUUCCGCUCUCAAUUGUUUGGCUCCAUUUAUACCGGAAACUCGUGACUUGGCCUUCAAACUGCGCCGACGAAAGUUUGUUAUCGAAAAACUUCAUCUGCCACCGGAGCUUGGUGAAGAGGAAAGUGGCAUCUCGAAACCUACACCCGGGUUGAGCUGUGCCAGCACCGGAAGGAGUAAGUUGGAUUUCUAGUUAUUUUGUUAUAUGAUGUACAUAUAUGAAUAAAAGGAAGAAUAUUUUAUUCAUAAAACGGUA